AUGUGCAGCAGAGAACGGGAAGUACAUGAACUAGUUGCUGGCAAAACGCCUGCGGAAGCUGAAGAACCUGCGAAAGACUUCAAGUCUAUCACAUCGCAGCUCAAACGUCUUGACGAAAGAUUUUAUCGUGAGGAGUACGAGCUUGUCAUUGCUUCUAAUGUGAGAACCAUUUACUUUGCAACUCAUGAGGAAAUCCCGCUAAUUGCUGCGCUGGAGUUGCAUGCAACCUCUGUUCUGCAUGACACACCCGUUAAUCUCAAGGCUUUACUGAAACCACUGGGCCGGCUAUUCUUGCAGGAGUUCUCACCGGAGGUCAAAAGCAUGGCAUAUGUCAUGUUAAGUAAUUUGACUCAGGUCCUGCAACUACGAACAAUACAGAAUUUCCAAAGGUAA